AGAAUGAGAGAGGGCAGAGGACAUGUGUGCGUAACAAGAGACUUGUGACCAAGGAAAAAAAGAGCUGUCUGAUAAGAAGUCUGAGAAAUGAGUUGGAUAUUUUGAAACUCUACUCAACAGUGACAGGAGAAAUGAGUAUUAGUGAAGGGAAGACACGUUACGUGUCAACUUUCAGGGUGCAGCUGUCAGGCUCCCAGUCCAAGGGGGCCAAUGGACAAGGGACCCGACCUGUACACAAAACCACAAUCACCACAGCUGUGAAGAAGAGUGAAGAGACAUCUAAACUAGUGAGCAAUAAACACAGCCAUAUAAGGGGCCUGGAUCCACCCCUUUUCACAGAGCCCCUCCAGGACUGUAUGGUGGAUGAAGGAAAUGACAUCAUAUUGCAGGGCUUUAUCACAGGAAGCCAGCCAAUCAGUGUUUCCUGGCUUCAUAAUGGUGAGGAAGUGCUAUUUGGAAAAUCCUCGUUAGUGGGAGGAGAAGUAAUGCUGGUAGUUAGCGAGUGUCUCCCAAAGGAUGCUGGUUUUUACACCUGUGUAGCUGAAAACACUGCUGGAAAAACAUCCAGCAGUGCAGCGGUGUGUGUGAGAGACGACAUCAGUGUUUUCAGAGGUUCACUGUCACCUCUGACAUCCCAGACAGGAAGUCCUGUAACAAGUUCCCCAAAACAAAAGAAAGAAGUGCUUGUCAAAAGAAGGAUCAGCUCAGGUACAGCUCCGCCUCUGCAGUUUGUAGCUCCAUUAGAUCGGGUGGAGGUCCGUGUUGGAGAGACGGCCUAUUUGACCUGUGCGUUCCAAGGCAGCUCUCCAGUAGUGUCUUGCUGGAUCCGCAGCAAAGAGGAGGUAGUGGAAGGCUCCAGGUUUCAUAUAGACAGCUGUGAUCAGAGCAGUUCCCUGGUGAUCUCUGAAGCUUUACCUGAGGACUCUGGACGUUAUACUAUAUUUGUACGAGAUCGCAAAAGUUCCACCCAGCACACAGUGACCCUAUGUGUCAUUGACCGGCCCCAGCCGCCUGCCUCCUGUCCUGUGGCGUGUGUUCUCUCUCCUCACUCUCUGGUGUUGUCCUGGUCUGGUCCUUGUUAUGAUGGAGGAAGUGCUGUAACAGGAUACGUUGUCGAGGUUCAGUCACAAAGCCCUGGUAAGACUAACCACUGGAGAGAGCUUACCACCCAGUGCAAGAGCACCUCACUCAGGGUGAAUUCAGGGCUUCAGCCUCAGGAAGAGUACUGCUUCCGAGUCAGAGCUUAUAACCUUGUGGGGGCCAGUGAACCGAGUCAAGAGUCCCAGCCAAUCAGGAUGGACAUCCCAGGACAGCCCAACGAAGAGACACCAGUGGAAUAUGUGAAUGUUACCAUCAACACUGAGCAUAAAGUUACUGACCAUUAUAUUGUCCAGGAAAAACUGGGAGUAGGGAAGUUUGGGCAGGUGUUUCGGAUGACCCACAAGGAGACAGGUUGUGUAUGCGCUGGAAAGUUCUAUAAGGGACGGCGAGCAAAGGAGAGAGAGGCGGCGAGGAAAGAAAUAGAGCUGAUGAAUUUUUUGCACCAUUCUAAACUGGUGCAGUGUCUCGCCGCAUAUGAAAACAAACUUGAGAUGGUCAUGGUGAUGGAGUAUGUUGCUGGUGGUGAGCUGUUUGAGCGGAUUGUAGAUGAUAGUUUUGAACACACCGAGGCUUCCAGUGUGGGCUACAUGUGUCAGAUUCUGGAGGGCAUUCAUUACAUGCACCAGCAGAACAUCAUCCACCUGGACCUCAAACCUGAGAACAUUGUCUGUGUGGACAGAACCGGCAUUCAAAUCAAAAUCAUUGACUUUGGAUUUGCUAGCAAGCUGGACCCCUCAACGCCUCUGAAGGUGAUGCAUGGCACUCCAGAAUUUGUUGCUCCAGAAGUCAUCAACUUUGAGGCUGUCACUUUGGCCACUGACAUGUGGAGCAUUGGAGUCAUCUGCUACAUUCUGCUGAGCGGUGAAUCUCCAUUCCAAGGUGAAAGUGACUCAGAGACUCUGGCUCUUGUAACAGCAGCGCAGUGGGAGUUUGAUGAAGAGAGCUUUGAGGAGAUCACUGACUUAGCAAAGGAUUUCAUUAGCUCUCUUCUCAGCAAAGAUGUCAGAUGUAGGAUGUCAUGUAAAGAUGCAUUGGCUCAUGCCUGGCUGGCAUUUGUGAGAGUAGACAACACCAGCAGCACCAGCAAAAACCUCUCCAAAGACAAGAUGAAGAAAUUCCUGACAAGGCAAAAAUGGAAGAAAACAGGCAAAGCUUUGCUAGCUCUGAAGAGGAUGGCAAUGUUGUCUAAACCAGAGGGUGCUGCGUGCCUGAGCUCUGUUGAUGAGACCGAGCAGGCACUGAAUUCGUUGGAGCUGAAACUGCAGUGUAAACCGGAAUUCAGUAAGACUCCGUCUGACCUGACUGUCCUACAGGGCUCCAGAGCCAAACUCUCCUGUCUCAUUACAGGUUACCCUGACCCGGAGAUGGUGUGGUUAAAGGAGGGUGAGCUGUUGGAGUUGCAGGAGGGUUGUGUGACGGUGGAUUAUGAGGAGAAUGGCAGCUGUACUCUCACUCUAGAUAAUGUCUCUCAGCACCAGAAUGGCCUGUAUUCCUGCAGAGCCACCAAUGUACAUGGGGAGGCGCUGUGCUCUGCUACCCUUACAGUAGAAGAGAAAGACGGUUUAUAAGUUCAUAAUUGCACACAUACUAUUACAGAUUUACUAUGCAUUACUACACACACAAAACAGAUAGAUUCACACACCAAAUAAAUGAAAGUAUAUUGAUGCAAUAUACAUGCUGAUAUAAUUUUGGAUUCAGUGUUAAAACUGUAAUA